AUGGUAAUUAUCAGCUUAAGCAUCGCCUAUUAUAAGUACUACGAUGAAACAAUUAGCGAACACGAAGGCAAAUCGGUGGUGAUACCUUGUCCGGUAAACAAAGCUAAAUGUGGCGAUCUGCAUUCGAUAAACUGGUUCAAGGGAGACGAUCGUAUUGCAGCGAUGCUGCUGGGCGAUAGCAAUGUGACAAGCGUCUCAGAUGAGUUUGCGAAUAGAGUCACCGUGGAACAAAAUCCAUUUAGAUUAGUAAUUAAUGACUUAAAAAUAGCUGAUGAGGAUAUAUAUCUUUGUGAUACAACAUUUCUUAUACCAAUCGAAACGUGUGAUAAUUUCAACGGCUAUCGGGUCGAGUUGAAUGUCUUAGAAAAUAUUGUGCCACCAUCAGAGGUUGUGAUCCUGGAUGAGAAAGGCGAUCGCAUUGAGAAUGGUUCCAUCAUUGGCCCCAUGCAGGAGCGUCAGACACUGAAAGCAGAGUGUGUAGUUUGGAACACACGACCUCAACCGCAGGUCGGCUGGUGGCGGGGGAAUAAACGACUGAUGACGCAUUCCGCUUCGUACGUCGAAACUGAUGGCCUCUUUACUGCGAGACUGGAAUUAACGCUCGAGCUGUCACGCGACGAUUUAGCGCGGGACAUUGAAUGUCGCGUGGAAUCAGCGGCCCUGCCAAAUAAGCUAGUCAACAAAUUUCGCGUCGAUUUACAAG